GGCCAUGGAGACCGGCACCAUCGCUGGCAACCUGCACUUCAAUGAAGCCAACCCCAACAUCCCGUCUCUGCACGAUGGCACCAUUGAGGUGGUGGACAAGCCGUGCCCGUUGCCCGGCAACCUGAUUGGCAUGAACUCGUUCGGCUUCGGCGGCGCCAACGUGCAUGCCAUCCUGGAGGCGAACGCGGCGCCGCACGUGGACACCUUGCCACGCCAGAAGCCCGAGCUGCCGAGAUUGGUCCUCAUGGCUGGGAGGAACAAGGACUCGCUGGAGCGUACGCUGAAGCGAGUCGAAGACGAGGGACCAUACCCGGACUCGGCGUACGCCCUCCUAAACAAGGUCGGCCAACCCAGCUUACACCAGUUCCCGUACCGAGGCUUCGCCGUGGUACCCGUCGACGGUUCGGGCAAGGACGCCGUCAAGGUCACCGAGCAAGUGCCGUUCGAGAAGCGAACCCUGUGGUUCGUCUUCACCGGCAUGGGCUGCCAGUGGAAUGGCAUGGCCCGCCAGAUGAUGCAGUUCGACGUGUUCGCCCGCUCCAUCCACAAAUCUCACGCGCUGCUCAAGCAGUUUGGCAUCGACCUCAUCGACCUGGUGACUAGCGACAACGCUGCCAACCAAACCAUGGUGUCGCCGUUCGUCUCCGUCGCCGCCAUUCAGGUGGCGCUCGUUGACAUGCUACGCGCUAUCGGCGUCCAUCCUGAUGGCAUCCUGGGUCACUCCGUGGGCGAGACCGGCUGCGCAUACGCCGACGGAGGCUUCACCGCAGAGCAGACCGUGUUGUGCGCUUACUGGCGAGGCCGCUGCGUCGAGCUGAAAAAUCCGCCAAAGGGGGCCAUGGCUGCAGUCGGCCUGACGUGGGAGGAAGCAAAGAAGCGCUGCCGUGACGGCGUCAUCCCUGCAUGCCACAACGCCGAGGACUCGGUGACCGUGUCCGGACCAGCCGAGGCCGUGGCCAAGAUGGUCGCAGAACUCAAGGCCGAGAACGUGUUCGCCCGCGAGGUUAAUAGCAUGGACGUGGCCUUCCACAGCCCUGAGAUGCGGAGCAUAGGGCCCUCGCUCCGGCAGGCCCUGGAAAAGGUGGUGCCCCAGUCUAAGCCCCGCAGCGAACGCUGGGUCAGCUCCUCGGUACCCGAGAGCCGCUGGGACGAGCCCUUGGCCAAGAGCUGCUCGGCCGAGUACCACGUGAACAACCUGCUCUCGCCCGUACUCUUCAGCGAGGCCCUCCAGCACGUGCCCAGCAACGCCAUCGUGGUCGAGAUCGCGCCACACUGUCUGCUGCAGGCCAUCCUCCGCCGUGCCCUGGGCUCUGGCGCCAGCUGCCUUGGCUUGAUGAAGCGCAACGAGGACAACCUCACAUUCUUCCUCAGCUCACUGGGCAAGCUACACACGCUGGGAGUCCAGCUGGACUUGGCUCCACUGUACCCGCCGGUGCCGUGGCCGCUGCCACGUGGCACUCCCAACAUCGGGCACCUGGUCAGCUGGGACCACUCGCAACAGUGGAACGUCAUCGGGUGGAACGACUUCCCGACGUUGGCGCAGGUUCCCGAGGAAGCCGUCGAGGUCAACCUCGAGGACAACGAAGGCGACGCCUUCCUCGCCGGCCACCAGCUGGACGGCCGAGUUCUCUUUCCCGCAACUGGCUACAUGGUGCUGGCCUGGAAGUCCCUGACCAAGCGCUGCGGGAAAUCGUUCCACCAGGUGCCCGUGGUUUUCGAGGACGUCACCCUGCACAGGGCCACCAUCCUACCAAAGAGUGGCUCCGUGAAGUUCCUGGUGAACAUCAUGCGCGCCACUGGCGUGUUCGAGGUGUGCGAGGCCGGCACAGUGGCCGCGAGUGGCCACAUCCGCAUGGCCGAAGAAGGCGAGAAGCUUUUGGACAAGGAGCCCCCCGGGACACCUACCGAGACCGUGGCCUACGACCUGGACGCCGAGGACAUCUACAAGGAGCUCAGGCUUCGGGGCUACGAGUACUACGGAGGCUUCCGGGGCAUCAUCAAGGCUGACCUCAACAAGCCGUACGGCAAGCUCAAGUGGGAGGACAACUGGGUCACCUUUACCGACAACAUGCUUCAGUUCAGCAUCCUGGGCAACCCGCAGCGAACCUUCAGACUGCCCGUCAGGAUACAGUCGUGCCGCAUCGACCCCGAAGUCCACGCUAAGGUCGUCGAGAAGGUCGGCGAUGCGGGCAUCGAUGUCGUCUACAACCCGUACCUCAACAUGUGCCGUGCCGGCGGCGUUGUCAUUCGAGGCCUCAAAGCCAGCAUCGGCCCGCGGCGCGCUGUGCAGCAGACGCCUUUCCUUGAAGAAUACCAGUUCGUGCCGUACGCAGACGAAGAAGUCGCUCGCAACGAACGUGAGUCCUGUAUCCGCGAGUACGUCGAGGUGUGCAGCAGCGUCGUGCGCCGCCUCCUCGAGUCGUGCGGCAUGAACGGGACGCAAAUCUCGGACCUCAUGAAGGACUUCCGUGAAGCUCCCGAGCAGGUUCUCAACCAGUACCUGGAGAACCCGGGUGAGAACCAUGGCCUCCUCAAGCUCCUGGCCACCAUCCAGAAACAGGCCAACGGCAACGCCGCGUCUCUGGUCGCCACCGUCCAGACGGCCCUGGCGGCCCACAAGGAGGACCUGCAGCGGGACUUCCUCAACACGGUCCUCCUCGAGGAGGACCCGCUGCGGUACCUCUUGGACGUCGUGGUCGAGAACACGAGCACCAAGAAGAUCCGCGUUCUGGAGCUAGCAGGUAAAGGUAGCAUGUUGCUGGCGCCAUGUGUGACCGAUCUGCUUCGCCUGUCCAACACCUUGCUCAAGACUGAGUACACCGUGGUCCAUCCUGCUCCGGAUACAAUCGCGGCUGAGCAGCUUCCGGAAGGAACGAGAACGGUCAAGCGGGACCCCGCCUCGGUGUCCAAGGACGGGCUUCCCGAAGCCGACCUGAUCGUCAUACGCGGUGUAGCCGGCGAGCCUGGCAAGAGUCUCGAGUCCCUGGCCGAGGAUCUGUUCUCCCAAUGCAAGGAUAACUGCUUCGUCCUGCUCGACCAGCGCACGGCCCUCACUCCUGCCGAGACGUUCUUGUCGACAGUCGGCAAGGUCCCGGUCCGGGUCCAAGCCAUCGAGACCGUGAAGGCGGCCUUCCGCGUCCGCGGAUUCCACGUGGUCGGCCUCAAGUCCAACAAUGUGUCCACGCUGCUCCUGCUCAGGAAGAUCUCUAGCGUCGACGCUGCGAAACAGGAAGUGAUCAGGGUCAGAAACACCGGCUACGACUGGAUCGAGCCUCUCAAGACUAAGGCAGCAGAAUACGAGAGCAGGCCUGCCGGAGAGAAUGUCUGGCUGCUCGCCGAGGACGUGGCCAUCAGCGGAGUCGUGGGAUUGACCAACUGCCUGCGACAGGAGACGGCAAGUCACGUCAGGUGCAUAUUCAACGCGAGCGUUAAGGAACCGAACAAGGUCGCCGACUUCAGCCCAAGCAACCCGGCAUACAAGGACAUACUAGAGAAGAACUUGGUCAUGAAUAUAUACCGCGAUGGGCAGUGGGGGUCUUAUAGGCACAGGGUUACGCAGUCUGACGGAGCCCCGAAGACCACAACGCCGUACGCCUUCCUGAACGUGCAGACCCGAGGCGAUCUGUCCAGCCUGCAAUGGUACGAGUCACCGCUACGAUACGCGUCGCCGUCUAGCAGUGCGGACGGUGUCCUGUGCAGCGUGUACUACUCUCCGCUCAACUUUCGAGACAUCAUGCUAGCCACCGGAAAACUUCCGCCGGAUGCGUUGCCUGGCAACCUGGCUUCCUCGGACUGCGUCCUCGGCCUGGAGUUCUCCGGCCGCGACCCGAAGGGACGCCGAGUCAUGGGUUCCGUGGCAUCCCAGGGCAUGGCGACGGCAGUAGCCGCCGACCCGGGCUUCCUUUGGGAGGUGCCCGAGUCGUGGAGCCUCGAGGAAGCCUCCACAGUUCCGGUUGCCUACUCGACCGCCUACUACGCCCUCCUGGUGCGAGGCAACAUGCGGCCCGGGGAGUCUCUGCUUGUCCACUCCGGCAGCGGAGGCGUCGGACAGGCAGCCAUCUCCAUCGCCCUCAUGGGUUGCACAGUCUUCACCACUGUCGGUUCCAAGGAGAAGCGAGAGUUCCUCAAGCGCCGCUUCCCGCAGCUUAAGGACCGCCACUUCGCAAACUCGCGCGAUCUCUCGUUCGAGGCUCACAUCCUUCUGCAGACGAAGAGCCGAGGUGUUGACCUCGUACUCAACUCGCUGGCAGAAGAGAAGCUCCAGGCCAGCGUCCGCUGCCUCGCAACCCACGGCCGAUUCCUAGAGAUCGGCAAGUUUGACCUCUCCAAAAACUCGCCGCUGGGCAUGUCCGUGUUCCUCAAGAACGUCACCUUCCAUGGCAUCCUGCUGGACGCGCUGUUCGGCGACGACCCCUUCGUGGCGGCCGACAAGCGCCGCGUCGUCGAGCUUGUCCGCGAAGGCAUCGCCUCGGGGGCGGUGCGGCCGCUGGAUGCCAUCAAGUUCAAGCGGGACCAGGCCGAGGAGGCGUUCCGUUUCAUGGCCUCUGGAAAGCACAUGGGCAAAGUGGUGCUCCAGGUCAGACCGGAAGAGACACCACGCAAGACGGCACCCGCCACGCCGCUCACCGUGGAGGCCGUGGCCCGAACCUGCUUCUUCGAGCACAAGUCGUACGUGAUCGCCGGCGGUCUCGGUGGUUUCGGCUUGGAGCUUGCCGAGUGGAUGGUGCACCGCGGAUGCCGCAAGCUGGUGCUCAGUGCGCGGUCCGGUGUACGGACCGGAUACCAGAGGCUGUGCCUUCACCGGUGGCAGCAUGCCGGCUGCAACGUUGUCGUGAGCAAAGCCGACGCCUCGACCGAGAAGGGCGCCCGACAGAUCAUCGAGGACGCCAAUGCGCUGGGACCAGUCGGUGGCAUCUUCAACCUCGCAGUGGUACUUCGCGACGCACUGCUUGAGAACCAGACACCAGAGGCCUACGAGACAGUGUGUAAACCCAAGGUUGACGCCACGCAACAUCUGGACAAACUGUCUCGAAAAAUGUGCCCGCAACUCGACCACUUCGUCGUCUUCUCAUCCGUGUCAUGCGGUCGAGGCAACGCUGGACAGACCAACUAUGGCUACGCCAACUCCGUGAUGGAACGGAUCUGCGAGCGACGGGUUUCCGAAGGACUUCCCGGCCUGGCUAUCCAAUGGGGAGCCAUCGGUGAUGUCGGCGUCCUCCACGACACCAUGGGUGCCGAUGUGGUCGUCGGGGGCACCCUACCCCAGCGGAUCAGCUCCUGCAUGGCCGUCAUGGACCGGUUCCUCAGCCAGAGCCACCCGGUCGUCUCGAGCUUGGUCAAGGCCGACCUUUCCACCAAGUCGGAUGGCAAGAACAAGCAGGGCCUUGUGCAGUCCAUCACACACAUCCUUGGUGUGAAGGACCCGUCGAGCCUGAACCCGAACAUGAGCCUCGGUGAGCUGGGCAUGGACUCGCUCAUGGGCGUCGAGGUGAAGCAGACGAUCGAGCGCGACUACGACCUCACCCUGUCCAUGCAAGAGAUCCGGCAGCUCACCCUCAACAGGCUGCGCGAGAUCGAUGGCGGUGCCAGGAGAGAGCGGGAAUCUUCUGCACAAAAUGCCGCCGCUGCGCCGCAGGACGACGAUGCUUGUACGUACGUCCUUGUAUUUCCACAACCCGCAGACAUGUCCGAGGUGCCGCGGCUGACGCUCAUCAAGGAGCUGAUACCCCGAAGCAUCCUGGUUGAGAUGAACGGCCUGAAGGGAGCCUCGCCUGUGUUCAUCGUGCACCCGGUCGAGGGACACGUGAAUGCCCUGUCCGAGCUGGCCAGCCAGCUCCCCGUUCGAGCUGUUGGAGUGCAGAGGACGCGCGACGUUUCGGGGUGGUCCAUAGAGGAGAUGGCCGCUGUCUACCUACAGAAAAUCGUCGAGCUUCAGCCCAGAGGUCCCUACCACAUGGUUGGCUACUCGUUCGGCGCCGCGGUGGCCUUUGAGAUAGCCGUCCAGCUGCAAGCGUCGGGAGCCUCCGUUGGCAGCCUGACCCUCUUAGACGGCGCCCCCCAAUACAUGUCCGUGCACACCGCCCAACACAGGUCGCGCUUCGGCAGUAAGGACGAAGAGGAAUCCUCACUCUUCUGUGCCUUCCUCAUGCAGUACAUGGACAUCGACUUCAUCGAGCUCCGAAACCAGAUCAACCAGCAUCCGAACUGGGACGCCAAGCAAGAAGCAGCCACUGACAUUCUUCUCAAGGCAUACCCCAACGUGCGGCCGAGCCGAGAGGACGUGGCCGUAGCCACACGCGUCUUCUACGAGUUCCUCUUAUCCGGCACCAACUACAAGCCGCACGCGAAGUUCCACGGCGACAUCGUGCUUGUCAAGCCGUCCAGGCCACGGAAGAUGGCGAGACAAUUGCCGCCCGACUAUGGCCUCCCCGAUUGCUGUGAUGGCAAGGUAGAGAUCAAGGUGGUCGACGGCCUUCACGAAAACUUCAUCCUCGGCCAAGGUGCUAAGCAGUGUGCGGCUAUCAUCAAUCAACAAAUUAAAAAUUGAAUUAAAAAAAAGAUCCUGUACAUGUUUGAACAAAUCCAGGUCCGUAUGCAAUACAGCUAGCCCCGCCAAGACUGGCUGGACCAGGGUUUUUGUGGAACAGUGUUUGACAAACUAAAUGACCCAGCCAUUCUAUUCGGACUGUACAGGAAAGAAGCCGUUCGCGUGGAACAUUGUGGAUGAUUUGGGAGCAGGCGUGCGCAAAACGCUGUUACUGUUAGGUACGAAGGACCAGCAAAUGACUUCUAUGCUUGUUGUGCAGCAGCCGCGGAGUGGGCUUUCACAAAUAUAAGACACCGUAAGCAGGCACUCUGUGUCCAUGCAAAGUCAUGAGGAGGUACAAGAACUACUGCUUGGACGUAAUCGUGCAAGGUUGGCGCUACCACCAAAGUAUUGCAGUAGCCCAAGAACUCGACCGAGCUACCGACUCACAAGAAGGCUUCGAAGCCCUAAUAUGACUCUCGCAGUAAAGAGACAAAAAUAAAGAUAAAGAGAGAGAGAGAGAGAGAAUCAAAUGUGUAAAACUGCAUUUGUCAUUCGAAAAUGGACACGUGAUAAUACAGGUGUGAGGCCACGAAGAGGACUUUCUUUUACCUUCUCUUGAGAUUGCCUGUUUUGUUUUACUGACGUCAUUUUUUUUCUAUGGUAACCACAUGUACAAAGACAGCAGUCUAGCCAGAAGCGGCUGCGUAUUUAUGCGUUUGCCGUAAGCAUGAUGAACACUUUAUGUUCCUUAUUAUUGUAUUCUUUAUAUUUUGACCUUGGUAAUAAAGACUUCUGUCAUGUAUGAUGCACUGUCUGCCGAGUGUUUGGUUUAAGGAAGAGAGAAACCUAUACUGCAUGAAGGAGGUAGUUAAAGGUAUCAAAGCUUUCGUUGAAUGAACAAAUGA